ACAGCAUUAAUAGAAUUAAUAUUACACGUUAAUUCUACAUCACGAAAAUUGUCACACGGUCCCUGACUCGGCAGGCGGAGUAGUUGAUGCUGGAUCGCGGAGCAGCGGCAGCGGCUCCUCAGUCAGUCCGCCGCCGCAGACCGACACAGCGGCCAAGGCAUCGGCAUCCUCUCCGCGUCCGCUGCACCGCCGCCUGUUGUGGCUCCGAGCGGACGGACUUCUUUUUUCGGCCGGGGGCGACAGGGGGCCGUGGCCAUCCGUGGACGAUGAGGACACCUGCCGCGGAGCGAGAACCGCGACUGGCAUCGAUUUUCGCCGUGCGAACGAGAAAAGAAUCGUCAUGGCCCUUUCCCCGCUGACCCGUCACUCCUCCACCGAGGGACCUCAGCCCUUCUUGGUUUUUCUGGACUCGACGCUGCAGGGAUGAGAUAAUAAUAAUAAUAACGUCAACCAGCCGGUGCAUGCUGCUGCAACAACUCUCGCGGCUCUUGUGAAACCCGCCCCUCACCUCACCUCACCUCACCACCCCCUCCGUCACCUACAGCCUGAAAUAAUUUCAACAAAAAAACCAUGACGACGCCGGCUCUCCUGCCGCUGUCGGGCCGCCGGAUACCCACGCUGUCGCCGGGCGGCGCCUCCUCCUUCCCGCACCACAGGGCCACGCUGCGGCUCUCCGAGAAGUUCAUCCUCCUCCUCAUCCUCAGUGCCUUCAUCACGCUGUGCUUCGGGGCCUUCUUCUUCCUGCCGGACAACUCCAAGCACAAGCGCUUCGACCUGGGCCUGGAGGACGUGCUCAUCCCGCACAUUGACUCGCCCAAGGAGGGGAAGCACGCGCCCGGACAGGUGGUCAUACACGGACAGGGGGGACAUGACGAGCACAGACACAGGGAGGAGGAGGAAAGCCUGCGGGACAAGAUCCGGGCCGACCACGAGCGAGCCCUGCAGGAGGCCAAGGAGAAGCUGAGGAAGUCACGCGAGGAGCUGCAGGCCGAGAUCCAGACGGAGAAGAACAAGGUGAUGGAGGACCUGAAGAAGAAGGAUGCGGGGCCCAAGCCCCUGCCUCCCGUGCCCAUGCCCAAAGUGGUGGGCGUCAGCGACGGAGAGCCGCCAGAGACGGACGCCAAAGAGAAACGCGACAAGAUCCGAGAGAUGAUGAAGCACGCGUGGGACAGCUACAGACAAUACGGCUGGGGCCACAACGAGCUGAAGCCCCUCGCCAAGAAGGGACAUUCCACUAACAUCUUUGGUAACUCCCAGCUGGGCGCGACCAUCGUGGACGCCCUGGACACUCUGUACAUCAUGGGCCUGCACGAGGAGUUCAAGGACGGCCAGGAGUGGAUCGAGCAGAACCUGGACUUCGGCGUGAAUGCCGAGGUGUCUGUGUUUGAGGUCAACAUUCGUUUCAUAGGAGGGUUGCUGGCCGCCUACUACCUCUCUGGACAGGAAGUCUUCAAGCUGAAGGCGGUGCAGUUAGCCGAGAAGCUGCUCCCGGCCUUUAAUACUCCCACAGGGAUCCCCUGGGCCAUGGUCAACCUGAAGAGUGGCGUUGGUCGUAACUGGGGUUGGGCGUCAGCCGGCAGCAGCAUCCUGGCCGAGUUCGGGACUCUUCACAUGGAGUUCGUUCACCUCACCUAUCUGACGGGGAACCCCGCCUACUACCAGAAGGUGAUGCACAUCCGGAAGCUGCUGGCCAAAAUGGAUCGACCCAACGGGCUCUACCCGAACUACCUGAACCCCCGAACGGGCCGCUGGGGCCAACAUCACACCUCGGUUGGCGGACUCGGGGACAGUUUUUACGAGUACCUGCUGAAGGCGUGGCUCAUGUCAGACCGGACGGACACAGAAGCCCGCAAGACGUACGAUGACGCCAUCGAGGCCAUCGAGCGCCACCUGAUACGCAAGUCCAACGGCGGCCUGACGUUCAUCGGCGAGUGGAAGAACGGCCACCUGGAGAGGAAGAUGGGCCACCUGGCCUGCUUCGCCGGCGGCAUGUUUGCGCUGGGCGCCGACGGCUCGCCCGACGACAAGGCCGGACACUACCUGCAGCUGGGCGCCGAGAUCGCACACACCUGCCACGAGUCCUACGACAGGACGGUGCUGAAGCUCGGCCCGGAGGCCUUCAAGUUCGACAGCGGCCUGGAGGCGGUUGCCGUGCGACAGAACGAGAAGUACUACAUCCUGCGGCCGGAGGUGAUCGAGACCUACUGGUACAUGUGGAGGUUCACCCACGAUCCCAAAUACCGACAGUGGGGCUGGGAGGCGGCACAGGCCAUCGAUAAGUACUGCAGGGUGAGCGGAGGCUUCUCGGGGGUGAAGGACGUCUACUCCUCCAACCCGACCUACGACGACGUGCAGCAGAGCUUCUUCCUCGCCGAGACGCUCAAGUAUCUGUACCUGCUGUUCUCGAGCGACGACCUGAUGCCUCUGGAGAGCUGGGUCUUCAACACCGAGGCUCACCCGCUUCCCGUCCUCCACCUGGGCAACAUCACGCUGCCGGGCAGCGAGCCGGCGGCUCAGCGGUAGACCGACACGCACCAGGAGGGGGCGCCACGUGUCCGCCCGCCUGCCCAAAUAUUAACAAAAACAAACAAACACACAAACAAACAACCACCGACACUGGACAAACGUUACAUUCUGAGAGAGAGAUCUCGUCCUCUGACUCUCUGACUCUCUCUGUCCGUCUCUCUCGUCUCCUCUGCUCCAAUCAGACCGACGGUGGGUGAUGACGCUGCUGCUCAGCUUGAACAAACUCUUCUUUUUUUCUCUCUGAAGGACCGAGCUCCAUAAGCUGGCGGCUUGAUUUAGUUUUUUUGUUUUAUGAUUUUUAAGGGUUUCAUUCGACCAAAACCUUCGUCCCGUUCGGACUCGGACGCGACGCGGCGCUGCGAGCGCCAUUUUGUGAAGGAAUCGGUUCGACGCCGGCGUGGUUUUUUCCCCCCGGGCAGACGGACUUAAGGACUUUCACAGGGUCUGUUGAUAAGACGUGUUUUUCUUUCUUCUUUUUGGGGGUUUGGAUAAAUCCUGACUGGGGGACACAUCCGUUUGGUCACUGCCCCCACACUCCCUGUGUGACGCUCAUCAGAUGAACUUUGACCUGGAACUGUCGGCAGUUGUCAGAGCGGGUCGUGUUUUAUGUUCUUUUCAGAAAAGUGGACCAUUAUACGUGGAAGAGAAAACAGCAGCCAUCUUCACCCCCCCCUCGCGACCGCUUUCCAGGUAGAGACCUCACAUCGCCACAAGUUCCCCCCAAAACUUUUCUGCUGCUACUAGGACACUACUGGACACUCAUUUUUUUUUUUUUAACUCUCUCCUCCACCUUUUUCUCAUCAAACAAUCGCAUAUUGUCUCUCUUCGUCUCUCCUGUUCGCUUCUUUCCCGCCUGCUCAUAGAUCACCUCGCAUCAUUUUCCGAUCAUUCAUGGUGAGACCAGGCUCGGACCCAAACCAUGUGUGUGUGUGAGAGUGUGUGUGUGGUGGUUAAAACAACCUCCUCUGCUGUAAAUCAUUUGUUCGUGCACUUUGUAUGAAAAGACUCUGAAGUGAGAGGUCUCAGCACUGGACGAGCUGAAUAAACCAGGACGUCCGACGCCA